UCCGCUCAUGGAAACACACCGCCACCAUAUAUUUUCCCGGGCAGCCGUGAUCGCCCAAGCUAGCAAUGGAGCUCUCACUCGUCUCCGCCAAGGCCUCACCCCGCGCCGCCGCGGCCGCCGUCUCCUCCUCCCCGCUCCUCCCCUCCGCCACGCGGAGCCGCCCCCGCGGCCGGCGGUUCCGCUGCGUCGCCGCGGCGUCCAAGGGGGAGGAGGUGUUCGGCGGCCGGAAGGAGCUCACGGGCGUGCAGCCGCUGGUGGAGGCAUUGCCGCCCGCGGGGCGGGCGGUGUUGGAGCUCGCGGUCGUUGCCGCGGCGGCGGCGGGGGGGUACAGCCUCGGGACACGCUACGGCGGCACGCGGACCACGGCCGUCGCGGGCGCGGCCGUGCUCGGGGCGGCCACCCUUGCGGGGGCCGCCGCUGUGAACUCCGUCGUGCCGGGGGUCGCCGCCGUGGGGCUCCACAACUACGUCGCAGGCUCUGACGACCCCACCGCGCUGGAGGCUAGUGAGGUGGCGGCCAUCGCGAGCAAAUAUGGAGUCAGUACACAAGAUGCAGCAUUCAAAUCAGAGCUCUGUGACCUGUAUGCCAGCUUUGUUUACUCAGUACUUCCUCCAGGACAUGAAGAUCUCAAAGGUACUGAGGUUGAAGCUAUUAAAAAGUUUAAAAAAGCUCUUGGACUCGAUGAUGUGGAUGCUGCAAAUAUGCACCUGGCGAUUGGUAGACGCUUAUACAGAGAGAGACUCGAUGCAUUCCAAAAGUUAAUUUUUGUGUCAAAUCUUGUCUUCGGAGAUGCAUCAGACUUCAUACUUCCAUGGAAACAUCUUUUCGGGAUCACGGACUAUCAGAUCGAUAUUGCUAUGCGGGAGAAUGCCAAAAGUCUGUACGCGUUAGAGCUCAAGUCUAUUGGAAGAGGUCUUGACAUAGGCACGCUCAUUGAAGUGAGGAGAGUACAACUUGCAUAUAAACUUUUUGAUGAGGUUGCUGCUGACAUGUUCAAGGAGCAUGCGAAGAAGUUGAUUCAAGAAAACAUUUCAUCUGCUUUAUCCAUAUUGAAGUCCAAUACCAGUGCAGGGAACAUUCCCACAGAGGUUAUUAAUGAGGUGAAUAGUAUCCUUGCAUUCAAUAGGUUGCUAACAGUUCUAAGCAAGUUUCCUCAAGGCGAGCGAUUUGCACGUGGGCUUGGACCUAUCUCGUUAGCUGGAGAUUUUGAUCAUGAUAAGAUGGUUGGUGAUCUAAAGAUACUCUAUGCGGCCUAUACAACAGAAGUACUUUCAGAUGGACUUCUUGAUGAUGAGAAGCUUGGUCCUUUAAAUGAGCUGAGGAAUAUAUUUGGGCUUGGGAAGCGUGAGGCAGAAGCAAUCAUAGAAGGAGUAAUGUCAGAUGUUAAAUCUCAAGUACCAGCAUGAAGCUCGUGCGUGUGCAUCGCUACAGAGUAAAAAGUUGUACUGCUAUUUGUUCAGGAAUACUGUUUUCUUUGUUGCAUGGAAAUAACCAGAGAGAAAACAAUGUCAUUCGGAAUUGUUGCCUUA